UUAGAUGAUCUCUAUCUCUCUAUUUCGCCCCCUUUUAUACUUUGUUCUUCUUCAUCUCCAUUUCUGCAAAAAUCAAUUUCACAUUUCUCAAGAAAAAGAACUUCACCGGAACAAUGAGCACCGGCGAGCUUCUCUCCAUCGAACCAACAGAGCUCAAAUUCCAAUUUGAGCUAAAAAAACAGAUCUCUUCGUCCCUUCAAUUGUCGAAUAAAACCGAUAAUCAUGUCGCUUUCAAGGUUAAGACAACGAAUCCGAAGAAGUAUUGCGUUCGUCCCAAUACGGGGGUUGUUUCUCCGCGAUCAACGUGUGAUAUAAUGGUUACAAUGCAAGCACAGAAGGAGGCACCUCCAGACAUGCAAUGCAAGGACAAAUUUCUCCUUCAGAGUGUGAUUGCACCAGAUGGAGCAACAGCGAAGGACAUUACCGCUGAAAUGUUCUCUAAGGAGGCUGGACAUGUUGUGGAGGAAUGCAAAUUGAAAGUGGUCUAUGUUGCUCCACCCCAACCACCCUCACCUGUGGCGGAGGGAUCGGAUGAGGGUUCUUCCCCCAGAGCCUCACACAUGGACAAUGGAAUUUCAAACAGUUCUGAGGUGUCACGAUCAUUUGUUGAUUCUCAUGAUAAAUCUUCAGAGGUAAGGGCCCUUAUUUCGAAAUUGACUGAAGAAAAAGCUGCUGCACUUCAGCAGGGAAAUAAACUUCGUCAGGAAUUGGAAUUCUUGAGGCGUUCUAGUGGAGGCAAAAGUCAAGGUGGUGUUUCAAUGGCGUUCGUGGCCAUUGUUGGCUUGAUUGGUAUAGUUCUUGGGUAUCUCUUGAAGAGGGGAUAAUUAUUUCUGUGGUACUCUUUUAUUGCAAUCAACAUUUUGACGAUAUUCUUGUUGUUUUGGCAAUCUUAAGAGGUUGAUAUAGAACAGAAAACCGGUUUGUUAGAGGUUUCUCACCCCUAAAAUAGGUCUAGGAAAGCUCUUUAGGUGAAGUCAUGGUUUCUAUAGUUGUUGGCACUUGCAAAAUGCUGCUCAUUGUGUCUUUCUUUAUUACCAUGCAUUCUUUCGUUGCGACUUCAAGAAAUAUUUUCUUUUUAAAUACUAGGUACUUUCUUAUUA